UUUUUUGGGGUCUGCUUAGAACGCUGCAAAGAACUAUUAGAUACAACGGUAGUAUUUCCUCGAAAUGAAUUAGUAAAAAAUGGAGCCAUUCGCGAUACUGAGUUAAUUAACUAUUAUUUUAAUGUUCAUAAACGAGAAACUGACAAUCGUAUUCAAUAUGACGAGAUGAUUAGUCGUUGUCUUAAUUACGAUUUUCACAACAUAUUUGGAUUAAAUUUGCGUACGAGCAUCGAAUACUGCGAAGAAGCGAAUGUGUACUUGGAACAUGACUCCUUAGAUGUAACUGUUUAUACAAUUCUUGCCAUCAUUGCUUUGGUCUCCAUCAUGUCUACUAUGUAUGACUAUCGUUUAAAGAUGUCGCAAAUUUUAAGUAAACAAAACAACGAAUUUUAUAAAGUUCCACCUCAAUGUUCAGUACACCAACUUUGGGUUUCAUAUUCAAUAUGUCGCAACUUUUAUCAUAUUUGUGAUUCCUCAAAAAGUCGCAGCCAAACAGCAGAAGAUCUACAAUUUUUCGAUGGCCUCCGUGUAAUUGGAAUGUUUUUGGUGUUAUUUGUACAUUCUUUGAUACUUUUCAUGGCUGUACAAGUUGAUAAUCCGCAAUUUUAUGAAAAUUUUUUUUAUCGUCCUGAAACAGCCAUUUUUGAAAAUGGAGCAGCAAUAAUUCAAAUAUUUUUUGUUAUGAGCGGUUUUUUACUUUAUGUAAAUUUCAACGAAAGGAAAUUUGUUACCAGCAAUACCAGUCUUUUAGAUUGCGUUAUUAUAUACUUUAAAAUAUUCUUUCACCGAUAUUUAAGGCUUCUACCAUCUCUAGUAAUGUUGAUUCUUUUCAAUUCUACCGUGCUUGUAAGGCUACAAAAUGGACCAUUCUGGAGGCAUUAUGUGGAAGCCGAACGCAUAUUUUGUCGCGAGUUGUGGUGGCAGAACCUUUUUUUUGUGAAUAAUUAUCUUCUGAAAGAAAGUUGCUCACAUCAGACAUGGUACCUUGGUGCCGAUAUGCAACUUUUUGAAUUAUUUCUUAUAAUAUUAAUCAUUAUAAACAAAUAUCCAAACAUGCGACUAUUUGUAUAUUCGAUUCUUUUAGUAUUAACGUUUUCGGUAACAGGAUUUAUAACUUACUUUUGGAAACUUAAACCAAUAUAUCAUACUAAUCCAGAAAACUACCGUUAUAUGUUUUUUCGAGAUGCAGAAACUUUUUACCUAGCGUAUACACCAUUUUAUACAAAUAUUGGCGGUUAUUUCUUUGGCAUAAUUUCUGCUGAAUUAUAUUUGAAAUUACGAAACCAUUCGAAGCAAUAUCGUGGUUUACUAAAAUAUGAAUUGAGUUGGUGGCUGAUAUUUCCUGUCGGUUUUGGUUUAAUUUUUGUCGCCGCAUUCGUUAUGUCGUUCGAAAUCAAUGAGCCAUCCAUUUGGACAGCUUUAUUUGCAAAUUUUUAUCGGAAUGUGUGGGCUCUAAUAUCCAGCGCGGCAAUACUAGGCAUGUGCUUGAAGUUGGGAUGGAUCGCAUACGAGUUUUGCCGUCUUCCAGUUCUCCGGAUUUUAUCCAAGUUAUCAUAUCAGGCCUUUCUUUGGCACCUGGUCGUUCUACGUUUAAUUGGCGGUUUCUAUAGACAACCAAUUUAUAUAAAUCGAUUUUAUUUGAUUUGCCAGAUUGUAGUUGCGUUCGUAAUAACACAAGCCGUUGCCUUUGUUUUUGCACUAUUUCUUGAAUACCCUGUGGCAGCAAUAAUUAAAUAUUUUUUGCCUUAUUAUAAAGACGAAAGGAAGCAAGGCAAAAGAGAUGUCUAUAAUUUAAACUGAGUUGUUAUUAUAAUAACGAAAAAAUAUUAAUAGAUAUAUAUAAGUAUUUACUAGUGGAUGCGUCAUACACCCUAACCACUGCGCGUUAAACGUUUAACGCAACCUUUUCUGAACUCCCAUUAGAAGUUUCACUUCAAAAAUAAAUGUUGGACAAAAAGUAGUAAUAAAAUUCAAAUUUUCGAACAUAAUCGUGCAAUCGUGUGCAGCUUUCUAAAGUAGAGAAAUUACUUCUAGUGCAUUCGAUUCCGUGGUCGAAUUUGUGAUAUUUAGUCAUCUUUACGCAUAAGACCACGUAUUUUAUGUAGUUGCAGCAUAAUUAGAAUACAACUCUUCAUGUAUACAGAAUGUCAACAAAAAAGAACAACCUUAUUCAUUUCUUGAUUGAAAAAUUUCACUUCGAAACGUCAAAGAGGAAGUUAAAUGAUGUGAAUGUAAACAUUUGUGAGCAUGUAUAGCAUGAUAAUAUGUAUAUAAAAAAAAAAUAAAAAUUUAGAUAGAUUUAAAAUCUUUUUGUUUUCUUCUAGAAAAUAUUUGUAAAGUUCACAGUUGCUUGUGUUAUAUACUAUUGGCUGUGAAUGAUUGCGAAUAUAUAUCAAAACGAUAGGCAUGUCUUUUCGUCGUAUGAGACCAAUUAUAAUAAUUUCAACAUCACUAUUGGCAUUUCAUUUGCUCACGUCAAUAGAGACUGUGCGAAAGCAAAACGUCAAAAAAGAAGAAAAGUUAGAUUUUGGAAAAUUGGAAGCAUCGUACUCCCUGGCAGAUAAGAAGCAGUAAAAUAGCGACUGCGAGAACUAUAUUAAAAAUUGAAAACAACAAAAUUUUUCGUAAUUAAAGAUGGCACAGAAGGCUCAGGAAUUAGCAGAAAAAUACCGAAAGUCGGUUGAAGAAGCACUCAACGACCGGAGCAAACCUUGGACACAAGCAUUUGAAAUUGUUGAGACAAAAACAAACGUUCCAAGAUUAUAUUUAUUUUUGGGCGCUGCUGCAUUUUGUGCCUUGUACUUGAUUUUUGGUUAUGGUGCUCAAUUGCUGUGCAAUACAAUUGGCGUUGCCUAUCCUGCUUAUAUCUCCAUACAUGCCAUAGAGUCGAGUACAAAAUUGGACGAUACUAGAUGGUUAAUUUACUGGGUGACUUAUGCCAUAUUGUCAUUAAUUGAAUACUUCUCCGGUUUUCUUACAUCUGUAAUACCAUUUUACUGGUUGCUUAAGUGCGCAUUCUUAAUUUGGUGUAUGCUGCCUAUCGAAAGGAAUGGUUCUUUCGUCAUCUAUCACAGCGUCGUACGUCCAUAUUUUCUGAAGCACCACCGAGCUGCUGAUGAAUUUAUUGAUAAAGUGGCUACAAAAGCAAAGGACUCUAUUCAUAGUAUCACCAAACAAGAUUAAAUUGUUGUAGGCAAUUUGCAGCAUUAGUUUUUACUUGAGGUUAUUGCUUGCAUAUCCUAAAAAAAGUAAACACAAGUAAGAAUGGAAAGUGAACGAGAGCUUGAAGAGGGACACAACAGAAAAACGUAUGAAAUAGAGACAGAAACCACAAAGAACAAAGACCUGUAAAAUAUAUUUCCGAUGGCAACAUUUCUCUUAUGGCAUGGCGGAGUUUCUGAGCCCAUAUCUUUUAAUUAUAUUAAAUCAUCAAUAAAAUGUUUAGUAUAUAAUUUUUAGACGAUCACGAUUACAAGAGCUACGUAUACACCGAAAAACCCAUGUAUAUCGUGUAUUUUAAGUCAAAUAUCUUACUGUCUAAAAAAUACGUACGCAAUUAAAGAAGUGUGCGCACUGCUAUUUUGCACCUAAGCUGCAGAUUAUCACCACUAUUCGUUGCUUCUAAAAUUUUAUUGUAUUUGAAUUAAAAUUUUGAUUGUAAGAAAUUAAAUUAAACAGAGUAAAUAUUUGGUGGCUUUUUGCUUGAAAAAUAAUAUAAAACUGUUUUGUGUUUAGGGUAAAUAGAUGUAUAGUUUUAAUAAAACACAUGUUUGGAGAACA